GGUCGCUUCGCCAGCUACGUCAGCAAAAAUACACCGUCUCACAGAGUACAACUGUGCCUGGAUACAAUAUGGAAAAUAAACUGUUGGUCUCUAUCUUGUUCGGACCAUUUCCGCUGUCGACGCACGCACUCUAUAGUACCCUAUGCACAAUGAUAUCUCGGCGCUGCCAAAAGCGCGGGGAACCAAGCGGAUAACUGCACUUCUCACACAAGAGUUGCCACCCGAGCCUUGGAAGCGUGGCAUUCUUUACAAUUGACUCCACCCCGAGGAAGACGGAAAGAAAUAUUAAGAUUGCAGUCUUGGAGCCUCUUAAGUCCAUAAAGAUUGUCCAUAUCAACUACCACGGAGUCGAGAAUCCGUGGCCCCGCCCCCGCUUUUGGCAAUGACGGAGGAAAUCUUCGGCUGUGGGAGACAGUGGCGUAUGGGGUAAGCAUGGCCCGACCACAACCAAAUCCAGGCACCGGAUCUCGUAUUUCGCUUCUAGAAACCGCCCAGCUGUUGGAUUUCUACUUCAAGUUGGAAAAUGGCUGGUUAGGAUCGAAUACCUUACUUAAUACCAAGCCGCCAGCAGUGUUGAUGUGAUGUGGGCGUCGGAAUAAUAUCUGGACCACUAAUUUCGCUCCAAUCAGACGCCCGGUGGGGAACGACGGAGGGUGAACAAAGCUUCGUAGCCUCAACCACGGCAGUCAUAUUUACGCCGGCCUAGGCAAAAUCUUACUUACCCCAAGGCGGAGAUUGGCAUAAACUGUGGAGUACUCUAGGAGGUUCACCGUGGCGUCUGCUUAGACUACCUCAAUACAGUGCAGUGCCCAGACGACAUACUUGGUAAGUGGUAGUUUCUCGAUUGAUAUUACGACGGCUUGUGACUCCCAGCAAGGCGCGUUUCCAGUUGAGUACUUUCUACUGCGUUCUUUCACUCGCGUCUCUCUCCAAUUUGUUUAUCACUGGCGGUAUGCACGCGUUUGCAUCAAGCCAUCUGCUUUUGUCAUCCCCGGCGUGCUCCUGGCUUCCGUGUGGUCCUUCCCCGCAUGCCAAUAACGAGCCGCAGGGGUAAGGUUAGACAUGGCGAUCUUAUCUCGCUUUUACCCCAACUCCCCAACUUCUCGCGGCAUGGCAAUAUAGGCGGCAUAUCCACCGAUAGGUGGACAUUCUCAUCAUUCCAUCUCCGAUAUGGCUUGGCUGGGAAGAACCGAAUUACUGCUCUCUUCAUUACCCAUCUUGGCAGGUCCUUAUAGCCUCGCCAUGCGUCACUUUUUGCUAUUUCAGCCUCGCAGUCCACUGAGCCAGCUUUCCUCCUCAUCGGCAUCAUGUUUUUCAAACUUCCCGCCCUAGGCCUUGUUGCCUCUCUCCUUGCCAUCACCGAGGCAGCCCAUAUGGAUGCGAGCUAUCUCGGCCCUCGCACCGUAGACGAAUACCGCCGCUUCUACCCGUACACCCACCCGGGCCCAGAUAAGCGCAAGAAGGUCUACAUCCCAGAGUCCCACAGCGACACUGAUGACAGGUCUUGCGAGUUCCUCCAGGGACUGAAGGAAGCCAACCACGGUGGAACUCUUGUUCUCCCCGCGGGCAAGAAGUUCGUCAUUGGCAGGAAGCUCGAUUUGACCUUCUUGGAUGACGUCCAGGUGCAGCUUGAUGGAGAGAUCAAGUUCACAGACGACAUUGAGUACUGGCAAAACAACUACUUUGCUCAUCCAUUCCAGAAGAGUAUCUCUUUCUGGCAAUGGGGAGGCAAGGACAUCAGAAUCUUCGGCACCGGAACUCUCAAUGGUAACGGACAGAAGUGGUACGAUGGAUUUGCUGGACUCGAAGUCCUUGACCCCGAUAACACCUACCUCAGACCCAUCCUCUUCUAUGCACAGAACGCCACCAACCUCUUCAUUGAGGGUAUCAAAUUCACCGGCUCUCCUAUCUGGACUAACUUCGUCGUGACCUCCAAGAAUGUUGUUUACGACAACGUCAUCAUUGAGAACUUGUCCACCAACGAGAACCUGCCCAAGAACACCGACGGCUGGGAUUCCUACAAUGUGGACGGCCUGACCGUUCGCAAUGCCUGGGUUAACAUUGGUGACGACUGCUUCUCCCCCAAGCCCAACACCUCCAACAUCUUCGUCUCCAACAUCUACUGCAACGGCACCCACGGUAUCUCUAUGGGCAGCAUUGGCCAGUAUGAAGGCGUCAAGGAUUACAUAGAGAACGCUUACAUCGAGAACGUGAUCAUGUUGAACGCUGAGAACGGUGCCCGCCUUAAGGCAUGGGCUGGCCCAACCGCCGGCUAUGGAUACAUCAAGAAUGUCACCUUCAAGAACUUCUACGUUGACAACACCGACUGGCCCAUCGUUCUCGAUGCUUGCUACUUCAACGUCAAGCCGGAGAUCUGCUCCCAGUACCCAUCCAGGGUCGACAUCCACGACAUCGUCUUCAAGAACUUCACCGGCAUGUCGAGCGGCAAGAAUGGACGCCAGGUCGCCAAGCUUACUUGUAGCCCUAACGCUGUCUGUGACAACAUCAACCUGAGCGAGAUCGACCUUCACAGCCCGAAGGGCGAGGCUGAGAUCAUUUGCGAUGGUAUCUCCGACGUCGGAGUUCCCUGCGUGCCCUUGACUGAGGCCAGGAAGAGAGGCCUCGUGUUGUAAUUGCAGAAGACUGGUCAUUAAUCAUGGCAUGAAAGAUGUAUAUUGCGCAAGUAAAGAAAACGGACUACAAGUUUCGCAGUCUAUAAUAAUAUAG